AUAUAAACAGGGUCGAAACACACUGUAGCCUCAUAGCCUACUCAUUCCGACAGUUCAUUCUCGUUGAACGAAACCGCACCCAAAGAGAAACAAAAAUGUGUUCAGAACUUGAGUGCAGAAUUUGUUACCGAAGCUACAACACCGGUCGUCGGUGUCCUCGUGAGUUACAGUGUAAACACAGCUUUUGUGAGCACUGUCUGGUGAUUCUUUCCCGAUCCUCGGUAUGUGAAGUGGAAUCCGAGAAGGAAUGUUCGCGGCAGGACAAGACAAUUGUUUGCCCACUCUGCCGAUACCCGACCUCUGUAUCGGGUAAAGUGAGGGCAGCGCUUCCAGUAGACGAAAGUGUUCUAGAGUGCAUGGUGGUAUCUGGCGUUCUCGAGGAAAGCAUGACAGACGACGAGGAGGAUAGUGAGGGGAAGGAGGAGGAUGACCACAACGAGACUCCUCAUGAGAACUCAGCCGAGGAAAGGGACUCCUCUUCGGGUUCCAGAGGUGGAAGGUUCCGCCGUUCGCUGAGGCGCAUCUGGGGCAAAUUCACUGGGAAUCAUGCCCAACGGAGAGCGCAUUGUAUGACUGAUGAGGAGCUACGAGACCUCAUGAUGUCAUGCUAUAUAAUUUGAUGCGGACUUCAUUGGCUGGAAAGUCAUCAGGGCUUUUUACGUUCUGGCAUGUUCAAUUGAACAGAACCGGUGCUGAACUGAACGACCAGUUGAAAAACCGGGUUGGGGAACGCUGUCCACAUGGCCACUGCCCUUUUAAAAACGUCACUAAUUGCUUCAGACCACACCUCGCCACACCCACCAAACGGGAGCCAGCGUACCUCAGUCUGUUCAAGAACGUUUUUGGGAAACGUGUCAUUCGGUACAAACCGUUCCGCAACAUAGCAAACGUUCAAGCGAACUGAACACACCUCAGUUGCACCUGAUUGAUCAGAGAGGGGGCGUUGCCGUCCAGGAGCCUACACUACAGGAGCCUGUAGAAGACUGGCAUGUCCAGUUGGAAGUUGGAGCAAGCAGGAAUAUGUAUUCCAGAUAAUAGCCAACUAGGCCUAUGUGUCCAUUUCGUCUCACCUGCAUGUAAUAAUUGGUGGGACCAAACAAACACAUAAAAACAGAAUUGUAAAGGCCUAAAAAACAAAACUAUAGGCUAUUCUUUGAAGCCAUUAGGCUACUGAAUGAAAUGGGUUUUUAUCUGAAAUUGUCUUUUUUUUGUGCUUUGAUAUAGCCUAUGGCUUUCCAUUUCCAAAGAUUAGAAUGUGUUGAAUAUUGUUGGUGCUCAAAGAUAACACUUUAUUUGAAUGUAAUUAAUUUAAUUCACUUUUAUUGAUUGUAUGUGCGUGAUAUUUUGCACAUUUGUUUUGUUAUAAUUCAACGUAAAACAUGUUAUUGUUUUGUUCAUUUUCAUCUAUCACUGGGAUGAAUUGGUUGCAGUAGUAACUGAUGCUUUCUUUUUCUCUGAGAAUAAGUUAAUAAACAAUACAGUUCUGAA